AUGUCAAUGGUCAAAUCUCUCAAGUCCCACAAGGACCUCCAAGGCUUCAUCGACCGAUUCGAUAACUCCUUAUUCGACUGUGACGGGGUGAUCUGGCACGGGGAAGAGCUCAUCAAAGGAGUCCGCACAGUCUUGGAACUCGUACGCAUAUCGGACAAGAAACUCAUCUUCGUCACCAAUAAUGCAACCAAGUUAAACAUCCUCCCCUCUCUCUCUCGACUCUCUUUCGCUCCCACUUUUCGAGAUGAAAUCUUUGGCUCAGCUUAUGCAACUGCACUGUGCCUCAAACGGAUCUUGAAAUUUCCUGACAACAAGAAAGUAUAUGUGAUUGGCGAGAACACUGUCAGUUGA